UAGCAUUCCAAUUUCACUGUUUCCAAGCAAUUCAAUUCAAGCUAUAUACUACCUAAAUCAAAUACCAAGAGAUUAAGAAGAUGCAACAAUCACUCUUCUCAUUUUCAUUUCUAUUUCUCUUUCUCCACUUCACAAAAACCCUAACCCAGUCACCAGCUGCAGCUCCAGUGCAACCACCACCAGCGGCACCACCGCUCCAGGCACCCCCAUCACAACCGCCAUCUGGGGUUCAAGUACCUGUAACACGUGGACCUCUAGAUGUGGUUAAAGUCCUCGGGAAGGCCAGCCACUUCACGGUCUUCAUUCGCCUAUUAAAAGCAACUCAAGUGGAUACAGAGUUAUUUUUGCAGCUCAAUAACACAAACAAUGGCGCAACAAUCUUUGCACCAACAGAUGGUGCAUUUUCAGGGAUUCAAGUAGGGACCCUGAACUCCUUAACCGAUGGAGACAAAAUUGAGUUGGUGAAGUUUCAUAUAGUACCUACAUUUAUAUCAACUUCACAGUUUCAAACUGUAAGUAACCCUGUACGGACACUAGCGGGAACUGGUAAACGGUUUGCUCUUAACGUGACAACUGCAGGGAAUUUUGUUAACAUAACAACAGGACUCACAAAUACAACAAUUUCUGGCACUGUAUAUUCCGAUAAUCGGCUUGCAAUUUAUCAGGUUGAUAGAGUAUUGCUUCCUCUCGAUGUGUUUACUCCUAAGCCUCCUGCUCCUGCUCCAGCGCCAGCAUUGGCACCGGAAAACCCCAAAAAGACGGCUCCUUUUGUUGAGAGUCCUAACUUUAACAAUCCUAAGGAUGUUUCAGGUUCAGUGAGUUUAUUAUUUUUGGAUAAUUUGUUGGUUUUUUCCACCGUUCUUAUAGUUUCUGCAAUGCUUCAGUUUUGAUAGGUAUAUAUCGGUGUUGGGAGCCUUGUACUUUUUUUUUUUUUUGUUAUAUGAUUUCGGCCUUAUUACUCUUUAUUGUCGGUGAGUGAUUUUGAAUAAUUCAUAUAUCUAUUUUUCUCAAAUAUAUAUGUACAAAUAAAAGUGUAAUUCAUUAAAAUUUCUUCUAUAAUAUAAAUACAGUGCGAGUUCUUUGUUA